AUGACUGCUGUUGCGUCGCCACCAAGUGUGCAGUCUGCGCCUCGAUUAGGAUGGUACCCGACUGGUGACGGUGGACAAGGUGCCCUUACCUCAAUGAGUGCAGACGAGGUCUCGCGAAUGUUGAUGCCACGCAAGAGCAUCCAGCGGUCAAGCUCGACUUCUUCCGCCUCCUCGACCUCCUCGGCCUCUACGGUCACAUCGACCCAGCCCUCGCAGCCACAGAGUAAUGGUGUUUCUGGCCCCGUAGCUCAGGGCACAGACUCUUCUUCCAACGCAACCACCAGAAAGAAACCGUCACGGUACACCUGGUCCAGCUCAAAGGCGGAUCCUGUCUCGGGCGUGACCAACACCCGGCCACAGACCGUGUCCGUGCCGCCUUCGGGAGUUUCUGCGUCUUCGGCAAUGUCUGCCCUCCACCAGACGCCUCCCAUGGUUCCCCUGCAGCAUAUCAUGCCGCCACAGCAGAAUGGAAUACGGCCGGGAAACAGACCCCCCCAUGAGCCUGCAGUAGUACUCGCCCUGCUACCCAUAAACGGUACCUUUGAACGGAAACAGAUAAACGUACCGUAUUUCCCAGAGGUGCUGCGUAUCGGCCGCCAGACCAACGCCAAAACACUUCCAACCCCCGCCAACGGAUACUUUGACUCAAAGGUGCUGUCGAGACAACAUGCCGAGGUCUGGUCUGACCGAGCGGGCAAGAUCUGGAUCAGGGAUGUAAAGUCGUCUAACGGAACGUUUGUCAAUGGCCAAAGGUUGUCGCCGGAGAACAGAGACUCGGAACCUCAUGAGCUACGGGAACACGACGUCUUGGAACUCGGCAUCGACAUCAUCAGUGAAGACCAAAAGUCAAUCGUCCACCACAAGGUUUCAGCAAAAGUCGAGCAUGCAGGCAUCCAUGGACCUAACAUGAACAUCUUGGACUUGAACUUUGGUGACAUUGAUCCAACAACAGGUGGUGGCCUCCUCCCACAUCAUCUGAGCCAGCCUUUGUCUCAUAUGCGUGGCCGAGCCGGAAGUUCAUCCUCUACCGCAAGUGCGGCAAGUGCACGGUCAGGCCAGAGCCUGCCAGGGAGUCAUAUAAACCUCCUUCAGCAGCAGCGACAGAUGAACUACUGGUCUUCUCCAAUCUCAAUCGAGCAGGUUGUGAAAAAGCUCACUAUGAAACAAGCAAAACAGCAGAACCACGACCUUGGUCAGACCUCUAGUUUCCUCAAUAGCUUAUCAAACCCGGAGACGACCAACAAAGAACGAGCAAAUCUACUUAACAAUGUGGCCGAGAGCCCCGUUGGCGCAAAACCAUCUGGACGCCCCAAGUUGAACAAAAAUGAUUCAAUGUCGAGAUUCUCCGAUCCUCCUGCACCACCUCCUCAACAGCCUCUGCCCGAAAAGCCUGAUGCCCCGCCGCGGACGUUCUCUACCGACUCGCUUCCGAAGAUGUCGUUGAGGAGAAGUGAUACUGAAAAGGCCAAAGCUGCAACCGAUAUCACGCCCGCCCAAUCAAGUCAGAUACUUUCGUUGAUUGAAGCCCUAACGACCACCAAGAAAGAGUUAGAUUUGCAAGCCAGCAAGGUGAAGGAGCUCGAGAAUCUCUUACGCCGUGAACAGAGUGCUCGUGAGAGCGCUGAAGAGCGUGCCAGGAAAUUAGAGAACCGACCUCCCAGCCAGGCCCAGCUUCCGAACGGAACCCAUGCUGGCUCAGACGAGGAUGCGGUUGAGGAGGAAGACAAGGCGUUGGUCGACACUGCUCCUGAACCUCCUGAGGAAACAGACACGAAGCCGUCUGCGAGCCCUGAGGAGGUGCAUACAUCCCCUAUAACUCUCGAACCUACAUCGGACGAGCUGAAGCGCCGUAUUGACUCGCUGCUUGCUGAAAUGGAGACCGCGAAGAAGCAAAUCAACCAGUACAAGGAAUCUGCUGAGCGGGCGGAGAAGGAGGCUGCUGAGAGCCGCAAAACUCUCACAGAGAUGAUCGAGAAGAUCCGACUGGAGAAAGCCCAAGAAAAUGCGGCAGCCCCCAAGAAUUCUCUGCGGGUGAAGGACGGGUCAAAAACCCACGAUGCCACCGCCACCGCCGCCCCACCCAACGAGGAAUCUAUAGCCAAUCCAUCUAAGGUUAACGAGGUGGUUGAGACCUGUCACUCUAUCGACCCGGAGAAACUAAGGGAGCUCGAAGUUGCAGCGACAGCUUUCGCGGAGCAACAGCGGCAGAAGAGCUCAGCGUUGCUUGAGCAGUCUGCACCAUAUGCUUCCAUGCUUGGUGUUGUUUUGAUUGGAGUCGGGAUAAUGGCGUACCUAAAUGGCUGGCAUAAAAUCGAACGAUAA